GAUUGGUCAAACUACUCAGUUUCCGCGAGAGGAUUGGCUUGAAGAAAGGAAAAGGCGGGGCCCGGAGAGGAAGCUUUGUGGUCCGGCCUCAGGAACGUAGCAGGCUCGGCUUGCGAGAGCUGCAUCCCUGCCGGUAGGUAUCCUUGGGCGCAGGUAGCCAUCGGCCCCGAGAGGGCGGAGUGUUUGGUGUCCGGGCCUUCCCGCGCUUCGGUUUCGGAAACUUCCUUGCUGCGCGAGGCCAGGCGGCCCGAAACGCGCCCAUCCUUUCUUAACUGGCUCUACAUCCGAGUUUUUCUCCCGGCUGCCCUUUGGGCUCGUGGGCCAAUGGGAAUCGCCAUUCAGGAUGCUCGGCCUACUGGGUCUCGUAGAGCAUCCUGGGACUCGUAGUAAAACUCUGGAGGUUCCCUCACCACGCGGGCAGGAGGAGCGGCAUCUUGCGCGCACUUCGUUGCUGAAGCUGUGCUUGCCUCUCCCACUCACUCCGGUCUUACCUGACUUCCUCUUGGAAGGGAGAUCCCUGAGCAGCCCGUCAAGCCAGCGUUGGGACAGAGGGUUUGGUGAAACCCAGGGCUAAAGUUACCUUUUUCCUUUUUUAAGCCUACCUCAGCACUCCGCUCCAUGGCAGUUCCCGAGACCCGCCCCAACCACACUAUUUAUAUCAACAACCUCAAUGAGAAGAUCAAGAAGGAUGAGCUGAAGAAGUCCCUGUAUGCCAUCUUCUCCCAGUUUGGACAGAUCCUGGAUAUCCUGGUAUCACGGAGCCUGAAGAUGAGGGGCCAGGCCUUUGUCAUUUUCAAGGAGGUCAGCAGCGCCACCAAUGCCCUGCGCUCCAUGCAGGGUUUCCCCUUCUAUGACAAGCCCAUGCGCAUCCAAUAUGCCAAGACUGAUUCGGAUAUCAUUGCCAAGAUGAAGGGCACCUUUGUGGAGCGGGAUCGCAAGCGGGAGAAGAGGAAGCCUAAGAGUCAGGAGACCCCAGCUGCCAAGAAGGCUGUGCAGGGUGGGGCAGCCGCCCCCGUGGUGGGGGCCGUCCAGGGUCCUGUCCCGGGCAUGCCACCAAUGACUCAGGCACCCCGAAUCAUGCACCACAUGCCGGGCCAGCCUCCCUAUAUGCCACCCCCUGGCAUGAUCCCACCGCCAGGCCUAGCACCUGGCCAAAUCCCACCGGGGGCCAUGCCCCCGCAGCAGCUUAUGCCAGGGCAGAUGCCACCUGCCCAGCCUCUUUCUGAGAAUCCACCGAAUCACAUCUUGUUCCUCACCAAUCUGCCAGAGGAGACCAACGAGCUCAUGCUGUCCAUGCUGUUCAACCAGUUCCCUGGCUUCAAGGAGGUUCGUCUGGUCCCAGGGCGGCACGACAUCGCAUUUGUGGAGUUUGACAAUGAAGUGCAGGCAGGGGCUGCUCGGGAUGCCCUGCAGGGCUUUAAGAUCACCCAGAAUAACGCCAUGAAGAUCUCCUUUGCCAAGAAGUAGUUCCUUUUCCUCAUGCCUGUCCCUGCCCCCAUUCUGGGGACACCCCUAUUCCCCUUGGCUCAGUCCCCUGAAGGUAAGUCCCCCUUCGGGGCCUUCUUGGAGCCGUGUGAGUGAGUGGUCGCCACACAGCAUUGUACCCAGAGUCUGUCCCCAGACAUUGCACCUGGCGCUGUUAGGCCGGAAUUAAAAUGGUUUUUCAAGGUUUGGUUUUUCACAA